AUGGCGACGGCAUCGGCUCCCACUUCUUCGCUCCUCUCGCUCCUCUACCGCUCAUACCCAAAAGCAGUCCCCUCCCAGGCCACCGAAGUAGACCUGCAUACCCUUACGCCUCUAAUUUUCCCUACCGUCUUGUUCACCGAUGCUGAGAGGGGAGAAAUCGAAUCAUGGCUACCUACCAUUUCGAAAUUAACGGAGAGUUUAAAGGAUAAUGCUGAUGUUGAAGCGGCUGGGUUGGGGGAACAGCUAAAGACCCUCAAUACCCAUCUGGCUACACGGACGACGAUGUUGGGCGCAAAACCUUCUGUGCUGGAUGUAGCUGUGUAUGCUACCGUUGCGCCGGUGGUGGAGAAGUGGACUCCAGAGCAACGGACGGGUGAGAAUGGGUAUCACCAUAUUGUUCGACAUGUGGACUUUGUGCAGAACGCGGACCUUUUUGCACUUGAGAUACCAGCUGAGGAGAAGGUGGCUGUUGAUCUGGAUAGUGUGCUCGCUGUGCCUAAGCCAGUUGCGCCGCCAAAGGAGGAGAAGAAAGCUAAGAAGGAAAAGAAAGGUCCGGCCGGUGAGGCCACUGUUGUCGUUGGAAAGGGGAAGCCUGCUGAGGGUAAAGAGGCUGCCGCAGCUGCUGCCGGAGGAGAAGCUGGAGGAAAGAAGAAAGAGAAGAAGGAAAAACAGCCACGACAGAAGCCUGCACCAGCUCCGGCUGCACCUUUGUCUCCAUCCAUUAUCGACCUACGUGUCGGCCAUAUUCUACGAGCUGUCAACCACCCCAACGCCGACUCCCUUUAUGUCUCCACGAUAGCAUGCGGUGACGCUCCAGGCUCCGAAAAUACCCAAUUAGACGAAGAAACCGGCCUAACAGUCCGCACCGUCUGCUCAGGCUUGAACGGCCUCAUACCACUUGCCGAAAUGCAAGGCCGCAAGGUCGUUACGGUCUGCAACCUUAAACCCGUGACCAUGCGAGGCAUCAAGUCCGUUGCCAUGGUUCUCGCUGCCUCACCACGCAACGACGACUCUCACGCCGGCCCAGUCGAGCUAGUCAGCCCACCCGAGGGCGCCGAGGCCGGUGAGCGCGUCUUCUUCGAGGGAUGGAACGAAGGCGAGCCCGAGAAGCAGCUUAACCCCAAGAAGAAGCUGUGGGAAACCUUCCAGCCUGGCUUUACCACCUCAGACGGACUGGAGGUUGUCUUUGAGAGUGCUGCGGUGCCACAAGUUAGCGAGACGGCUGCCACCAAGCCGGCAUUGGGCAAGCUGAUGGUCAAGUCUGGCGGUGUAUGCACCGUGAAGAGCCUUGCGGGUGCUACCGUGCGAUAG